AUGUCAACCGCUGGAAAAGUGAUCAGAAGUGGUACAAGUGCUGUACGUCAAGUGGCACCAGUGCAGUCAGUUAGCAAAGAUCAAGCUCGGCGUGCUGUGCUUCAGGUGUACAAAGAUCUGCAACGCUUAACUCCAACUUUCUGGUGGGACUAUGGAAUGCAGGACAUGCCGCUAGGUGUUUUCCGUUCUGUCCUUAAGCAACAAUUUAUAAAGAAUUCUCACAUCGAGGACAUUCGUAUUAUCGACCGACUUGUUGGUGAAACAAGACAAGUAAGUGAUUAUUCUAAUGUUCCUAUGUACAUCAGAGAUUCAAAAUGGAGUUUUAUGCCUUAG